AUGGACGGAAAGGAGUCCCUAGCGGUGGUGACCUGCAAAGGGUGUGCAAUGUUCGUGUUCCUGCCUGAGGUCGACAUGGAGGACAUCUGCAACCAGUGCAAGCUGGUGACACUUUUGGAAGAAACAGACUUGGUGGCAUCUCCAUUUACGGCAUGUUGGGCCUUGGGGCAGGAAGUGCGGGACGAAGAAGGGUUCCUCUGGCCCCGUCGGAGGCUUCUGGGAGCACAGAGAUGGACGAGGAAGACUCAGUUGGCCCCGAAGCAGGAAGGGGGCCUGGAGCAGGGCCGGCUUGCAGAGUUGAGCAUUGAUUUCUCUGGGGCAGAGAAGGCUCCAUGCAGACCCAGUUCGGAGCAAAGACGGAUCGUUCAGGAGGCUGACGGAGGAGCCCCCGUGCAGGGUGAAAUCAUGAUGCCGGCAGUCGGUACCCCAUCAUCUCUUUCUGGUGGCGAAGGGGGAACGGAGGCCGUGGGACCCCAUGAGGGUCUGGUGAGCUUUGAGGAGCUGUCUGUGUCUUUCACGGAGGAGGAGUGGGCGCUGCUGGAUCCGGACCAGAGAGCUCUGCAUCAGGAAGUCAGGGAGGAGAUCUGUGGGAACGUGGCCUCUCUGGAUGACAACUCAUUAAAACGCUUGGAGUGUGGAAAGAGCUUCAGUCGGAGCAAACAACUCACUUCUCAUCAAAGAAUUCACAAUGGGGAGAAAUCAUAUGAAUGUGCAGAGUGUGGAAAGAGCUUCACUCGGAGCACACAACUCACUUCUCAUCAAAGUAUUCACAUGGGGAAGAAACCAUAUGAAUGUGCAGAGUGUGGAAAGCGCUUCAAUCGGAGCAUAAGCCUCACUUCUCAUCAAAGAAUUCACACAGGGGAGAAACCAUAUGAAUGUGCAGAGUGUGGAAAGUGCUUCAGACGGAGCACACACCUCACUUGUCAUCAAAGAAUUCACACAGGGGAGAAACCAUAUGAAUGUGCAGAGUGUGGAGAACGCUUCAGUCACAGGAUAAGCCUCACUUCUCAUCAAAGAAUUCACACAGGGGAGAAACCAUAUGAAUGUGCAGAGUGUGGAAAGUGCUUCAGACGGAGCACACACCUCACUUGUCAUCAAAGAAUUCACACAGGGGAGAAACCAUAUGAAUGUGCAGAGUGUGGAGAACGCUUCAGUCACAGGAUAAGCCUCACUUCUCAUCAAAGUAUUCACAUGGGGAAGAAACCAUAUGAAUGUGCAGAGUGUGGAAAGCGCUUCAAUCGGAGCACAAGCCUCGCUUCUCAUCAAAGAAUUCACACAGGGGAGAAACCAUAUGAAUGUGCAGAGUGUGGAAAGUGCUUCAGACGGAGCACACACCUCACUUGUCAUCAAAGAAUUCACACAGGGGAGAAACCAUAUGAAUGUGCAGACUGUGGAAAGCGAUUCCGUCAGAAGGUACAACUGACUUGUCAUCAAAGAAUUCACACAGGGGAGAAACCAUAUGAAUGUGCAGACUGUGGAAAGUUCUUCUGUGUGAAGAUACAACUCACUUGUCAUCAAAGAAUUCACACAGGGGAGAAACCAUAUGAAUGUGCAGAGUGUGGAAAGUGCUUCAGUCAGAAGAUAAACCUCACUUUUCAUCAAAGUAUUCACACGGGGGAGAAACCAUAUAAAUGUGCAGAGUGUGGAAAGAGCUUCAGUUGGAGCACGCAACUCACUUCUCAUCAAAUUAUUCACACAGGGCAGAAACCAUACGACUGUGCAGAGUGUGGAAAGAGUUUCAGUCGGAGCACACAACUCACUUCACAUCAAAGAAUUCACACAGGGGAGAAACCAUAUGAAUGUGCAGACUGUGGAAAGCGCUUCAGUAAGAAGAUAAACCUCACUUUUCAUCAAAGUAUUCACACGGGGGAGAAACCAUAUAAAUGUGCAGAGUGUGGAAAGAGCUUCAGUCGGAGCACGCAACUCACUUCUCAUCAAAGAAUUCACACAGGGGAGAAACCAUAUAAAUGUGCAGAGUGUGGAAAGAGCUUCAGUCGGAGCACGCAACUCACUCAUCAUCAAAGAAUUCACACGGGAGAAACCAGAUGAAUGUGCAGAGUGUGGAAAGAGCUUUAGUGUGAGAACAAGCCUUACUUCUCUUCAUAGUAUUAACACAGGAAAAACCAUGAUGAUACUCAGCUCUACUUCUCCUUGUCGUCGGAGUCAGCUGGGGCUGUGAAGGU